CACGUUGAUGCAUGUAUGGAAUUUCACUCCGUCUCUAACCCUUCUGUAACGGAUUUUAACUGUAGGAUAGGAUAACAACAACGGACCGGACACUUCUCCAAAACAUACCGUUUAAAAGCGUUUGUGUUGGGUUAUAUCCACUGACUCCCACUAUGCUACUAUUUUAUAGAUUUAUCCUCGUUGCCGCGUCGCUGUCAGGUAGCGGCGUGGCACAGCUCUCAGAUAGCUACGGAUUAUCUUUCCCGUUGAGGUCAGAACUGUCUGAGGACGCGAUACUGGUGGCAAAUAACGGAAUACGCGUGCCUUUCGGGAGAUCCGUUUUCAUUGAUCCUGUCAAUGAUUUGGUGAUUCAAACGCAACCGGGGGACCGGUGCAGCAUCACCGUUCUGGAUAACCAGCCGCUUUCCCAGAGACCCGGGCACCUCUCUCCCAAAAAGUUUCCGUGUGAUUUCGGUCCCAACGACGUCACCUACUCCCACUUCGGUUCGAGGAGCCUGGCUAAGGACAGAGUGAGACUACAGCUCAGGUAUGAUACUCAAACCGAAACCGUUAUCAUCCCAUUCAUGACGGAGGUAGAGGUGGUUUUUACGCAAAUGGAGGUUGUCACCAAAAACAUGCCGCUGACCGUUGCUAAACUGAACGGCGUUAGUAAUGCCAUUGAUAAAAAGAUUUUGGAAUUCACUUAUGACAGAAACUCUCAAAAAUGCAAGGUGAACUCUUUAGCGAGUGGUAGCGCUCUCCCCAAAUACGGAAGACUUGUAGAUGAUGGACUCACUAAAAUUAUGGACUGUGACGAAUUCAUCCAAUCUGACAUCCGUUACGAGCACACGUUUGUUCACAAAUCCCCCAACAGAGACCAUGUGCCCAUGGUUGUUGAACUAUGUGAUAAAGAGGGAAACGUAAUAAAAGAGGAGUAUUUUCAACUGAUGAUCCGUAUCAAGGAUGGAGAUGCGAACACUCCUCCUAAACCCAGCUUCAUGGCAACGCUGAUGAUGGAGGUGAGUCAGUUUGUGAUGACAGCUCUGACCACUGACAUGCUGGCUGCGGAGGACCUUGAGUCGAACCCUGAUGAACUUAUCUUCAACAUCACCUCCCCUCUCUCUUAUGAGGAUGGUUAUAUAGUUAGCACGGAUGACAGGAACCUACCCAUCACCUCGUUUUACCAGAGAGACCUACGGGACCUGAAAAUAGCCUACAAGCCUCCCUCCCUGGACUCAGACACGGAGAGGAUCUUUCAGAUAGAGUUUGAGGUGGUGGAUCCGGACGUGGCGGUCUCGGACCCCUUUGCGUUCAUGAUUGUGGUGAAGCCGAUUAACUCUCUGGCGCCGGUCGUGACGCGGAAUACGGGUCAGCUGCUUUACGAAGGUCAGUCCCGCCCCCUUUUCUCUACCCACAACCUGGAGAUUAGUGACGAGGACAACCUGGACGGUGUUACGGUAACCGUCGUCGACGGGCUCCGCCACGGCGACCUCAUAGUCCUGGGGUCGCGCAGUAAGUACUUCACGGCUGCGGACCUGAAUACGGGUGUGGUUAUCUACCGACACGAUGGCAGCGACACGUACAGUGACAACAUCAUCUUCAGAAUGACAGAUGGCAAGAACCAGGUGGAGUUCCUGUUUCCCUUGACGAUUGUUCCCAUGGACGACGAGCCUCCCAUCAUCAACGUCAACACUGGUCUUGUGCUCUUCAAGAACCAGAUUAUGGCCAUCUCUCCUCUGAUGCUCAGCGCCGCUGACAUCGACUCAGAAGAUUCCACGAUCAAAUUCAUGAUCGAGCCGCCAUUCUCGACCAUCGGGGGGUUGCUGCUGAGGCAGUCCGACGCCCCAGAGGACCCCGAGUCAUGGAAGUUCAACGCUGAGGAUGAGGUGUAUGAGAAGGAGGUGACAGAGUGGCUGCAGAAAGACAUCACAGACGGGAAGGUGUUCUAUAAACACACCGGACCACAUAACACUGACACAGUCAUAGACCAGUUUGUGUUCAAAGUCCAUGACGACAAUGACCCGCCUAACGAAUCGGGCGAGAGCAUGUUCAUCAUCAGGGUUCAACCCAUCGACGACGUUCCCCCAGAGCUUUUUCCCGGUACCACGCUCCAAGUGACUGUUCAGGAGUACCAGCUGACUCAUUUCGGUAAGAACAUGCUUCUCUACACCGAUCUAGACUCUGAGGACCAUGACCUGAAAUAUACAGUGAUCCAGCCGCCAACAGACACAGACGAGAACAGCCCGGUGGUGUUCGGGUCCAUUGUUCUGACCGAGAGCCCCGACACUGAGGUCAACGAGUUCACGCAGGCUCAGGUCAACCACCAUAAGAUAUCCUACAGCCCUCCCGACCAGGAGCUGGGCAUCACGGCUCACGUCCUCCAAUUCCGGUUCUCCGUUGAAGACACGGCCGGGAAUAGCGUCGAGGGGGCUUUCAGGAUUUUUCUCCAGCCAGUUGACAACAAACCACCACAGAUCACUAACACUGGCUUUUCUGUGUUUGAGCAAGGCAUGCAUGUGAUAUCCAGUGCUGAGUUGGACGCAUCAGACCCAGACACAGACAGUAAACAGAUAUUGUUUACCCUCAGACAGCCUCCGCAGCACGGCCAAGUCCUGCUUACCUUCUCAGACCUACCCAAAGGGGGAGCUUUCUACCUAGAGGACAUCUCGGACAGGAAGAUCACAUACGUCCAAAACGGCGACCAGACGGUGAGCGACGUGUUCCAACUCGACGUCAGCGAUGGAAUCCACGUCAUCACGGUUAAAGUCAGAGUCGUCGUGAAGCCCGUAGACGACGAGAUGCCGACUGUCAGUUUACCUGCCGAGACGGUCGGUUCACACAUGGACGUCCUAGAGAAUGGAGCUAUGGAGAUCACCACGGGCGCCCUCAAGGGGUGGGACGAGGACACCGACGACCUCCAGCUGACCUUCAUCAUCGAGAACGCGCCCGUGUUUGGUGUCAUCCUUGUUGCCGGGGCGCAUGCCGUGAAGUUCACCCAAGCCGACAUCAUCAACGGUUUAGUGGUGUAUGCCCACACCGGCGGAGAGAUUGGCCUGACAUCCAUCAAGGACAGCUUCAACCUCACCCUAACUGACAUGUCAGAUGAUUGGUCAGUGGGCGGGAACAAGGUCAAUGGUGUCCACGUCGGCGUCACAAUCAUCCCCGUUGACAACCAGGCCCCCGAGGUAACCGUGGGUGACCAGUUCAUCGUUGUCGAAGGACAGAAGUAUGCCAUCGGAGCACAGUAUUUAAAGGCCGAAGACAAAGACACAACCAGUGAUGAUAUUCUCUGCACCAUCAUCGUCCAGCCCACGUCUGGCUAUGUGGAGAACAUCUCCCCAGCUCCUGGAUCAGAGAGUUCACGGUCAGGGACGGCAGUCAGCGCCUUCUACAUCAGAGACAUCAGAGAAGGACAUGUAUAUUACGUUCAGAGUAUCCACAAGGGCUUAGAACCCGUAGAGGACAGGUUCACAUUUAGAUGCUCCGACGGUAUCAACUUCUCAAAAAGGCAUUUCUUCCCUAUUGUGAUUAUUCCGGCUAAUGAUGAAAAGCCAGAGAUUUACUUGAGGGAGAUAGUUGUGAUGGAGGGGAUGAAUAUAGUCAUAGACACUCAUCUCCUGAACGGAGCAGACACUGAUAUCCCAGCUGAGGAGCUGACUUUCAUCAUCUCUAAACUGCCCAAACACGGCUUCAUCCUCAACCAGCUAGCCACAGGCUCAGUCCCAGUCAUAAACUUCACCUUAGAGCAGAUCAGGGAAGCUUCCAGUUUAAUCUACGAACAUGACGACUCUGAGACCACCGAGGACAGCUUCGACGUCAUUCUAACAGACGGGAAAUAUUCGGUAGAGAGAACCGCCAUGGUUAUGAUCAUCGCCCUCGACGACGAGACACCGAGAAUGCUGGUUAAUGUCGGUCUGGAGGUGGAAGUAGGUGAGGCGAAAGAGAUCAACAACAAGGUCCUCAAAGCCACCGAUCUAGACUCGGACGAUGGAGCGUUGACCUAUGUGAUCCGCUUCGGUCCUGUUCAGGGUGUUCUUCAGAGGAAAACCCCAUCUGGUUCUCUGGAGAACAUCAUGUUAGGCAUGAAUUUCACACAGAGGGAUGUGGACAAAAGGUUGAUCGUUUACACACACAAUAGUCAGGAAGGCAUCCGUGACCUGGUCAGGUUCGACGUCACCGACGGCAUGAACCCUCUGAUCGAUCGUUACUUCUACAUCACCAUCAGGAGCAUCGACAUGGUCUUCCCAGACGUGGUCAGCAAGGGAGUCUCUCUGAAGGAAGGCGGUAGAGUGACAUUGACCACAGAUCUUCUCAGUACUAGCGGUCUCAACAGUCCAGAUGAAUGUCUGGUGUUCACCAUCACCAGAGCUCCAGUUAGAGGACACCUGGAGUGUACUGAUACACCAGGGAUCCCCAUCGUGUCAUUCACCCAACUCCAGCUGGCUGGCAGUAAAGUCUACUACAUCCAUACCUCGGACGACGAAGUCAAGAUGGACAGUUUCGAGUUUGAGGUAACCGACGGUUACAACCCGGUGUUACGUACGUUCCGAGUCUCUAUUGUGGAUGUGGAUAACAAGAAACCAGUUUUAACGGUUCAUGGACUCGUGGUCACCGAGGGGCAGAGUAAACUCCUCACGCCAUUCGAGCUGACCGCAGAGGACCAGGACACAGCUGACCGGUUGUUGAAGUUCACCAUCACCCAACCACCGGUGCACGGCAAACUCCUCCAUAACCACACCUCACCGGUCACCAUCUUCACCAAGCAAGACCUCAACGAGAACCUCAUCAGCUACAAACACGAUGGCACCGAGACCUCCAAAGACUCCUUCUCAUUUACUGUGACUGACGGGACGCACACUGACUUCUACGUGUUCCCCGACACGGUGUUCGAGACACGGCACCCACAGACGAUGAAGAUCACGGUGGUGGCCAUAGAUAACGGUGUCCCCCAGCUGGUGGUGAAUAAGGGCGCCCCGACACUGAGGAUCCUGUCCACGGGGCACCUGGGGUUCCCCAUGACCUCCAAAGUUCUACGGGCGUUAGACAGGGACAGCGUUCCGGCUUCCUUAGUAUUCCAUGUCACCACGGAACCCAAGCAUGGUUACCUCAUCAACCUGGGCAAAGGGAACGACUCCAUCGACACCUUCAGUCAAGCUGACAUUGAUGACCUGAAGAUCUGCUAUGUGUUAAGAAAUGAGGAGAACGCAACCACAGACCUCUUCCUCUUCUCUGUUGAAGACAACGGUGGAAACAAGCUGAAGGAACAGCAGUUCCGUCUGGACUGGUCCUGGAUCUCUCUGGAGAGAGAGCACUACGUUGUGGACGAGCAGGACAAGUUCCUGGAGGUGGUCCUCAAACGACGAGGGUAUCUGGGAGAAACCUCCUUCAUAGGUAUUGGUACCCAGAACGGCAGAGCGGAGAAUGACCAGGACUUUAAGGGUCACUCCCAGAAGCAGGUACAGUUUAACCCUGGUCAGACGCGGGCCACAUGGCGUGUUGUGAUCCUUGCCGAUGGGAUCUUUGAACAGUCUGAAACCUUCCGGAUCCUUCUGUCUGAGCCCGUUAUGGGAGCACUGGAAUUCCCUGCCACCGCCACGGUGGAAAUACUGGACCCUUCCGACGAGUCCACAGUGUUCAUCCCUCAGUCCAGUUACUGGGUAAAGGAGGAUGUUGGAGAGAUGCUGGUGCCUGUCCACAGGAGUGGAGACAUCAGCCAGGAACUCAUGGUGAUCUGCUAUACUCAGCAGGGUUCAGCCACUGGUACCGUCCCCUCUACAGUCCUGUCCUACUCUGACUAUAUUUCCAGGCCAGAGGAGCACGGCAGCAUCCUGCACUUCGACAAGGGAGAGACAGAGAAACAGUGUGGCGUAGUCGUCAUCGACGACUCCCUGUACGAGGUGGAGGAGAGCUUCAACGUAACGCUAUCCCUGCCCAUCGGAGGGUGCCUCGGUGCACACUACACCACCACUAAAGUCAACAUAUAUCCAGACCAAGAUGAUGCUCCUGUGUUCUACUUUGGCGAGGUAGAGUACCGUGUGGAUGAGAGUGAUGGUCACGUGGAGGUUAGGGUGUUGAGGACAGGAAAGGAUCUCUCCAAGACUGCUACCGUCACUGUGCGCUCACACAAGACUGAGCUGGCCUCUGCAGAGGCUGGUGUGGACUACGUAGGGAUCAGUCGUAACCUGGACUAUACCCCAGGGAUGAACCAACAGACCUUCAGGGUGACAAUCCUGGAUGACCUGGGUCAGCCGGUUCUGGAGGGGCCAGAGACCUUCGAGCUGGUCCUCUGCAUGCCGGUGAAUGGCAUUCUGGGAGAACCGGGCAAGACCACCGUCUUUAUCAACGACUCCGUCUCCGACCUGCCCAAGGUCCAGUUCCAGGAGGCGUUGUAUACGGGGGAGGAGAGCGACGGUCGUAUCCUGGCAACAGUGUACCGUAGUGGUGACAUCAGCUACAAGUCCACUGUGCGCUGUUACACCCGACAGGGGUCAGCUCAGGUCACCACAGACUUCCAGGAACGACCCAACACGGACGUAUCCAUCAUCACCUUCCUGCCAGGGGAGGCGGCACAGAAGUGUGUGUUGUCGCUGGUCGAUGACACAGUCCACGAGGAGGGGGAGGAGCUUAGACUGGUCCUUGGGAACCACAAGAGCGAAUCACCGUUCGGGGCGUCGGUCGGAGAGCUGAAGGAGACCACCAUCCUGAUUAAAGAUACUGCUGACAAGUCUAUCAUCAUGUUUGGAGAGACCAAGUUCAGUGUGAGUGAGCCCAAGGAGGCAGGCUCUGUUUCCUCGGUGAAGAUUCCAGUGCUGCGAUUGGGCGACACCUCCAAGUUGUCAGUUGUCCGUGUUCACACCAAGGACGGGUCAGCUACCUCAGGAGAGGACUACCAUCCUGUCUCAGAGGAUGUUAAGUUUAAGCAUGGGCAGACGGAGCACGUUGUAGAGGUGGAGGUGUUGUAUGAUGGAAUCAGAGAGAUGAGAGAAGCCUUCACUGUUCACCUGAAACCUGACGACAACAUGGUGGCCGAAACGCAGAUGACUAAGGCCGUCGUGUACAUUGAGGAGACCAACGGUAUGGCCGACGUCACCUUCCCCUCCCUGCCUCACGUGGUGUCACUGCUGCACUAUGACGACGUGAGCAAGACGGCUCAGAACCUCCACCCUCCUGCUGGCUACCCCAUUGUCUGUGUCACCGCCUGUAACCCUAAGUACCCUGACUACGACAAGACAGGCUCCAUCUGUGUCAGCGAGCACAUCAACAACACGAUGACACGCUACCGCUGGCUCGUCAGUGCCCCUGCUGGCCCGGAUGGGGUCACUACACCCAUGAGAGAGGUGGACUUUGAUACCUUCUUCACCUCCUCCAAGAUCAUCACCCUGGACUCUGUCUACUUCCAGGCCGGCUCCAGGGUGCAGUGUGCUGCCAGGGCCGUCAACUCUAACAAAGACGAGGGACUGGAGGUCAGCAGUCCCAUAGCUACUGUUAGUCUGGAGGAAGGUAUGUGCCAGCCUCGUAAGGUGGGCACGGUGGGCGCUGGGCCCUUCUCUGCCAAGCUACGCUACACCGGCACAGAGGACCCAGACCACCCCAACCUCAUUAAACUCACUGUUACCGUGCCACACAUCGAUGGCAUGCUACCGGUCAUCUCAACCCGUCCUCUGUCUAACAUGGAGCUCACCCUCAGCCCUGACGGUACGCGUGUUGGCAACCACCUCUGCUCCAACCUGCUGGACUACAGCGAGGUCACCACGGGUCACGGGUUUAUCACCGCAGAGAGUGUGGGCGACACCUCCCCCUACCAGUACAGCACCCCAAUGCGGGGGGACAACACAUUACGUUUCUAUAAGAACCUCAACCUAGAGGCCUGUCUAUGGGGGUUCACCAGCUAUUAUAACAUGUCUGAACUACUCACCGACUGUGGAGGGACCAUCAGGACAGACGGACAGGUGCUGAAUCUGGUCCAAUCGUACGUUACUCUGCGUGUUCCACUGCACGUGUCAUACGUGUUCCACUCUCCGGUGGAUGCGGGGGGCUGGCAGCAUUUUGACCUGCAGUCUGAGCUCCGCCUCACCUUUGUGUACGAUACUGCUAUACUGUGGAAGGACGGCAUCAGGAGCCCACCACAGGCUGAGUUACAGGGUGCCCUCUACCCCACCAGUAUGCGUAUCAACGAGCAGGGUCGUCUGGUGGUCAACUUCAAAACCAAGGCUCGCUUCAGAGGUCUGUUUGUAGAUGCCCACUCUGAAGGCAGGAUCAAGAGCACAGCAUCCUCUCUGUCAUCCAUGGUGAUGUGUGAAGACAACCCUGGCCUGACCUUUAACCUCAGCCUGGUGAGGAGUGAACCCACCUACAACCAGCCAGUCCAGCAGUGGACAUUCACAUCAGACUUUGCUGUGCGAGACUAUUCUGGUACAUGCACAGUGAAUCUGACUCCCUGUACUACAGCCCAGAACAUGGAGUACACCGUCCCCCCUGUCUGUAACCCCAGAGAGCCUGUCACCUUCCACUUGAACAUACGCUUCCAACAGGUCAGUGAACCAGUAUCAGUAGAGUUCAGCCUCAACACUCAGAUAUUGCUGCUGUCCAAGAGGAACCUAUGGCUGUCUGCCGGAUCCAUGGGCUUCGGACAGGAGAGCGACGUGGCCUUCUCAGAGGGUGAUACUGUCUACGGUCUUGUGAUGGUGGACCCUGUUCAGAACCUGGGGGACUCUUUCUUCUGCAACAUAGAGAAGGUGUACCUGUGCACCGGCGCGGAUGGAUACGUGCCCAAGUACAACCCUACUAACUUUGAGUUUGGAUGUCUGGCUGAAUCUCCCUCUCUACUCUACCGCUUCAAGAUCUUAGACAAGGCCCAGCCCGAGACUCAGGCCCGUGGGUUUGGUGAUGUGGAUUUUAAUGCAAUGUUGGCUGCAGACGACCCCUCAGCUCUCUCUCUGGUCAGACAGCCUGGGACAGACGGAUUCAGACUGGACUCUACAGCCAUGUUCCAGGUGGCUGCGGGUCGUGAGUGGUUCAUCCACACCAUCUACACCAUCCGCUCUAAAGACAACGCCAACCACGGCAUCGGCAAGAGAAGCCUCGAGUACCACCACUCCCUGAUCGCCACGGGCAACGACCUCUCCAUUACCCCCGGGGUCAAAGGUCAAGGUCACCGUGUGAGGAGGUCAGCCAGUGGAUUGGUCGGAGCGGUGGUCCCCGACGUGGCCGAUGACAUUGGAGCAGAAAACAACCGUGGCACCAACAUCAUGCACAUCGCCCUGGACCGUACCAAGAGGAGAGCGGCAGGGGGGGUGGAGCUGUACGCCGACCGUCUGGAACCAAGGGAGCUGAGCAGGGGGGAGAGGGAGGAGGGGUUGCCGACGGUGGUGGGGGGGCUGGUGGGAAUGCUGCUCACCUUCCUCCUCAUCAUAAUCCUCGUCCUGGUGGUCCGGUACAGACAGAAGGAGGAGAGGAAAGAGAGGGUGAGGGGGUCGGCGAGCACGGAAGCGAUGAUGGUGGCGAGGAUGGACGACUGCAGCAACAGCUCAGAGGUCUAAGAGAGAUGGACGGAUUGAAAAAAAAUUGACAGAGUAUUGAGGAGUUUUUGGGCUUUUGUAAUGUGUUUUUUCCCCCCAUGAUUUUUCUACACUGUUGCUGGAGUAUUUUUAAAAGCUCCAUCUCGUGGCUGCUCAGUAAGUCAAGUGAUUGAAAAGCUUCAUCCUUGUACAUUUAAACUCUCCCAUUUAAAACACCUAGCUAUAAAAGAAAAACUGUGCUGCAAUCAGUUUUGUGGUUUUAAAGACAGCUCCUCCUUUUGAUAAAUGUCACGGUUUUCCUUUUCCUUAGCUGUUGUGUUGCAAGUGCCUCAAGCAGCUACACAUAGACCAAUGGGGGCUCUCCUUAAACAGCUAUCUAGUGUCUUGACCAAUGGGAGCUCUCCUUAAACAGCUAUCUAGUGUCUUGACCAAUGGGAGCUCUCCUUCAACAGCUAUCUAGUGUCUUUACCAAUGGGAGCUCUCCUUCAACAGCUAUCUAGUGUCUUGACCAAUGGGAGCUCUCCUUCAACAGCUAUCUAGUGUCUUGGCAAAUGGGAGCUCUCCUUCAACAGCUAUCUAGUGUCUUGACCAAUGGGAGCUCUCCUUCAACAGCUAUCUAGUGUCUUGACCAAUGGGAGCUCUCCUUCAACAGCUAUCUAGUGUCUUGACCAAUGGGAGCUCUCCUUCAACAGCUAUCUAGUGUCUUGACCAAUGGGAGCUCUCCUUCAACAGCUAUCUAGUGUCUUGACCAAUGGGAGCUCUCCUUCAACAGCUAUCUAGUGUCUUGACCAAUGGGAGCUCUCCAUCAACAGCUAUCUAGUGUCUUGACCAAUGGGAGCUCUCCUUCAAAAUAUAACUAGUCUCUUGACCAAUGGGAGCUGUCCCUCAACAGAUAUCUAGUGUCUUGACCAAUGGGAGCUCUACUUCAACAGCUAUCUAGUGUCUUGACCAAUGGAAGCUCUCCAUCAACAGAUAGCUAGAGUAUUGACCAGUUGGAGCUCUCCUUCAACAGAUACCUAGAGUCCUGACCAAUGGGAGCUAUCCUUCAACAGAUAUCUAAUGUAUUGACCAGUGGGGAGUUCUCAUACAACAGGUAGCUAGUGUCUCCACCAAUGGGGAGUUCUCAUACAACAGCUAUCUAGUGUCUUGGCCAAUGGGGGCUGUCCUUCAACAGAUAGCUAGUGUCUUGACCAACGGGAGCUCUCCUUCAACAGCUAUCUAGUGUCUUGGCAAAUAGGAGCUCUCCUUCAAGAGCUAUCUAGUGUCUUGGCCAAUGGGGGCUCUCCUUCAACAGAUAUCUAGUGUCUUGGCCAAUGGGGGCUCUCCUUCAACAGAUAUCUAGUGUUUGACCAAUGGGGGCUCUCCUUCAACAGCUAUCUUGUGUCUUGGCCAAUGGGGGCUGUCCUUCAAGAGCUAUCUAGUGUCUUGACCAAUGAGAGCUCUCCUUCAACAGCUAUCUAGUGUCUUGGCAAAUGGGAGCUCUACUUCAACAGCUAUCUAGUGUCUUGGCAAAUAGGAGCUCUCCUUCAAGAGCUAUCUAGUGUCUUGACCAAUGGGAGCUCUCCUUCAACAGCUAUCUAGUGUCUUGACCAAUGGGAGCUCUCCAACAACUAUCUAGUGUUUUGACCAAUUGGGUCUAUCCUUCAACAGAUAUCUAGUGUCUUGGCCAAUGGGGGCUCUCCAUCAACAGCUAUCUAGUGUCUUGACCAAUGGGGGCUCUCCUUCAAUAGCUAUCUAGUGUCUUGACCAAUGGGAGCUCUCCUUCAACAGAGAUUUAGUGUAUUGACCAAUGGAAGCUCUCCAUCAACAGAUAUCUAGUGUCUUGACCAAUGGAAGCUCUCCAUCAACAGAUAGCUAGAGUAUUGACCAGUUGGAGCUCUCCUUCAACAGAUAUCUAGUGUAUUGACCAAUGGGAGGUUUCCUUCAACAAAUAGCUAGUGUCUUGGCAAAUGUGAGCUCUUCUUCAACAGAUAGCUAGUGUCUUGGCCAAUGGGGGCUCUCCAUGAACAGCCAUCUAGUGUCUUGACCAAUGGGGGCUCUCCUUCAACAGAUAUCUAGUGUCUUGACCAAUCGAAGCUCUCCUUCAACAGAUAGCUAGAGUAUUGACCAGUUGGAGCUCUCCUUCAACAGAUAUCUAGUGUCUUGGCCAAUGGGAGCUCUCCUUCAACAGAUAUCUAGUGUAUUGACCAAUGGGAGCUCUCCUUCAACAAAUAGCUAGUGUCUUGACUCAUGGUUGGGGAACUCUCAUUCAACAAAUAGCUAGUUUAUUGGCCAAUGGGGAGCUCUCAUACAACAGAUAACUAUUGUCUCAACCAAUGGGGACGCCUCGUUCAAUAGAGCGCGCUACUCAGAUCUCACCAUAAUCCAGGCUUCACUGUAUUACUGAUAAAGCGGCAAACCUUCCACCAAUCGCCAAAAACAAGGGUCUAUGUAUUGCUAACUGUUACCACAUCCUCAAUGACUGACUGCGUCUCAUGCUCCUGUUGGUGUAAAGCAUACAAUAAAAAUGUUAAUGACAUGCUCUAUUGGCCCUUCCUAUAGGUAGUCAAUCAAACAUCAUUUGUUGAAGCACAUUUCAUAGAAGGGCAAAAAUACAAAAACAAUAAAAAGAUGGCAUGUUGCUGCUGGGUUGUUUAUAAUAGCGAUAAGGCACAAGGGAGUGUGGUAUGUGGCCAAUAUACCACGGCUAAGGGCUGUUCUUUAAGCACGACGCAACGCGGAGUGCCUGGACACAGCCCUUAGCCGUGGUAUAUUGGCCAUAUAUCACAACCCCCCCCCCCCAGGUGCCUUAUUCCUAUUAUAAUCUGGUUACCAGCGUAAUUCGAGCAGUAAAAAUAAAUGUUUUGUCAUAUCUGUGGAUAUAGCACGGCUGUCAGCCAAUCAGCAUUCAGGGCUCGAACCACCCAGUUUAUAAUUUGUAAUAAAGAUGUAUCUGUAGAAUA